AUGCCCACCACGACCGCCGCCGACGCCUCCGCGUCCGAACCGCUCGACUCGCCUCGCACCCUCUUUCUCAAUGCGCAGCUCGUGGGCCGCCCAGCUGGGCGGUACAGCGUGCUCGUGCAGGGCGGCGUUAUCGUGUCCAUGUCGCGUGGUGCCAUCCUCGACAUUGAGGACGACAUGGAGAUUGUCGACCUCGAGCUCGAGGGCAAGCAGCUUUGGCUCAGCCCCUCCCUCGUCGACUGGCACACACACUUUACGAUGAACGCCAUUGCCUCGCGCCGCCUCGACCUGAGUGCGUGCACGUCUGCUGCCCAGGUGCUUUCCACGGUCAAGGAAGCACUUGCAGCGGGAACCCACGACGAGGGCGGUCGCCUCGUCGGUGUCAACCUGCGCGCUGCGGGAUGGGCCGACGCGGCCGACCUGAACCGUACAGCCCUCGACGCCCUCUCCGACAAGCCCCUCGUCAUCAUCUUCAACGGCUACCACUCGUGCGUGUGCAACUCGCCUGCUCUCGAGUUUCACGACAUCAAGGUUCACGAUGGACAUGACGGCAUGUUGCUCGAGGCAGACGCGUUUGCGCUCCAACAGCGGCUCCAGGCCGUGGCCGACGUGUGUAUCACGGACGGGUGGGUCGCUGCCGAAGCAGAGCGUGCGGCGAGUUUUGGUGUGACAGAGGUGGUCGACUUGGAAAUGGCGCACAACCUCGCGUCGUGGGAGCGCCGGUGCGGUCCAGGCGGGUUCAAGACGCUGCGUGUCCACAUUGGCUUUUACCCUGCGCACAUUGACGACGCCAUCAAGGCUGGGCUCAAGACGGGCGACAGCGUGCCCGGCACGCACGACUUGGUGACGGCCGGCCCGCUCAAGGUGAUCACGGACGGCAGCCUGGGUUCGCAGACUGCGUUCUGCUGCGACCCGUAUCCGGGGACGACGGACAGGGGUAUCCUGGUGUACGACGACAAGGCCGUCCAGGAGCUGGCCGAGAAGGGCCACGCGGCCGGUCUUCGUCUGGCCGUGCACGCCAUCGGCGACGACGCGCUGCACUCGACCCUCACGGCACUCGAGGCGGCGGCGCGCAACGGCUGCCCACCCCUGCCACACAGCACGAUUGAGCACGCCCAGCUGCUCGAUGCCAAGGCCGCCGACGUGCCCCUGUUCAAGUCGCUCGGCCUCGUCGCCUCCAUCCAGCCGCGUCACCUCGUCGACGACCGCGACCUGUGCCACGCCUACUGGCCCGGACGCGAAGGCCGCGCCUACGCCUUCCGCACGCUCCACGACGCUGGUAUCCCCCUCCGCCUGGGCUCCGACUGCCCCGUCGCACCGUUGCAGCCGUGGGACGCCAUUGCGUGUGCCAUGACCCGCAACGGCGCCGGAGACGAGGCGAGCGCGGCCUUCCACCCCGAGCAGUGUAUUGAUGUGGCGACGGCCUUCAACGCCAGUACGUGGAGUGGCCGCAGCCACAUCUCCGAAGGCGAGCGCGCAGACAUUGUCAUCCUCCACUCGGACCCGCUCGCGUGCGAUGCCGACGGAAUCAGGAAUAUGGUCGUCGAGGGUACCAUGCUCGGUGGAAACUGGACGUACCGUCGCAAGUAA